AUGGCUUCUUCUGUUUCUACAUUAAGCUCUGUUCAUAAUUUUACUAGCAAAAGUUCCAUUGAUUCUAUACUUGCUGAAAUUAAUGCUGAUAAUUCCUCAAUUCUCUCUGCAUUGAUGAAGGAAUUGUCUAAAGAAGUAGUAGUGGUUGAAGAAGCAUCUGCAUCAGAAUUAAUGUUAAAAGAAGUUAGGAGUGAUGAUGAAUCUUAUGAAAUGUAUAAUGAUUAUGCAUUUAGGAAGGGUUUCAGUAUUCGUAAGGGAUUAAUUAGGACUAGUCGUAGAACUGGUUUGUGGACUAUGCGUAGAUUUCUUUGUUUUAAUUCUGGUUUUAAAGAUGUUAAGAAGGAAACAUUGAGGAAGUAUGAGAGGUCUGAAUUGCGUACAGGUUGUACUGCUUUUAUUCAGUUUUCUAUUACCAAUGAUGGGUUUGGACUGUGGUGA